UUAUAUAAAUAUAAAUAAAUGAUACAUAAUCAAAGGUAAAGUUCAAAGUCUUCCUCGCUUUUUCUUUCUGUGGUUACCUCUCAAAAAACCCAAAUUCAUCUGAUCAAAUUGAUCCUCCCUAUUAGUUGAAGCUUUUUUAAGAUGGAGGAGGGCAAGAUGUCUGAGGAUAUUUUGACUUCGGCUGCAGCAUUUGUGGAAGGUGGAAUUCAGGAUGCCUGCGAUGAUGCUUGCAGCAUAUGUCUUGACGAAUUUUCUGAUAGUGAUCCUUCUACAGUGACAGGCUGCAAGCAUGAGUUCCAUCUUCAGUGUAUUCUAGAAUGGUGUCAAAGAAGCUCCCAGUGCCCCAUGUGUUGGCAACCUCUCAGCUUGAAAGACCCCAACAGCCAGGAAUUGUUGGAUGCAGUAGAGCACGAGAGGAACAUCAGGAUGAAUCCUCCUAGAAACACCACAAUCUUCCACCAUCCAACUUUAGGAGAUUUUGAGUUGCAGCAUUUACCGGUAAGCGCAACUGACUCUGAGCUUGAAGAGCGUAUCAUUCAGCACUUAGCUGCUGCGGCUGCCAUGGGAAGGGCACGCCACAUUGCUAGAAGGGAAGGUCAGCGAGGUAGGUCCUCAGCUCAAAUUCGUCCCCAAUAUCUGGUGUUUUCAACUCACCCAAAUGCUCCUGCUGCUGCUGCUGUUCCUGCUUCAUCUUCUAACCAGAGGAGUGGGGGUGAACCCACUCCUGAAGUCUCGGUUUCUGGUCAGGAUUCUCCAGUUAUUGCUGUUGGAGAAGGUUCGGGACAACUACUUUCUCAACCUCCUUUUCAAGCUGAUGAGGUUUCUGCCUCUGGGUCAGGAUCAAAUACUGCUGUUAAUCAACUUGGGACUUCGUCACAUAAUAGGAGGAAUCAUUCUCAAUCUUCUACUAACAAUCAAGACAGAGCCGGACCAUCAGAUUUUCAGUCUUUUUCAGAUUCUAUGAAGUCUCGGUUUAGUGCAAUGUCAAUGAGAUGCAAAGAAUCUUUAACCAAGAGUUCAAGGGGUUGGAAGGAGAGAUUUUUCUCUCGCAACAGUUCAACAUCAGACAAUGUUCCCGAACCUAGGAAUGAAGUGAGGGCAGCUGUUGCCACUGUAUCACACAUGAUGGACCAUCUGGAAACUACAGAUAGCAGAAUCAGUUCUGCUGAAUCAAAUAUACUGGACACUACUUUACCUAUCAGACAUGCUGAGCAGCAUAUACCUGAGAGUGAUGGUACUCAUUCUUUAAAUGAGGAUAGUAGGCAAUCCCCGUGUGCUGCAAGUUCUGGUUCAAACUGAAGUUUUAUAUGAGUUGAAGCAUUUUCUCUUCAAGGUGGAUACUCUUGUCAGCAUCGAUGAUAUAUGGUGCGCAUCUUACUGGGUGUGGUGAAACAUUAAUCCUUUGAAGUGCAACACUGAAUGUUAAGAUAUAGAGGGAUGGAUGUCGUCAUUUUGUCCAAACCAUGUAUAUGUAUGAUUAUAUAGAUGUAAAUUGACCCAUUCUGGGUAGUAGUACUGAUGACUUCAACUGUUCUCUUCAAUCUUACAUGAAACCCUCCUUCAUAAUCUUCAUAGACAUUGCUGGACAGUUACUUGACCAAGGUUUUCUUGGGAUUCACUAGCAUCUUUAACAAACAUCAAUUUUGAGUUAACGUUGAAUUUAUAUAUUGAUUAGUCGUUU